ACGUGGACAUCUACGUGCGCAUUCCGCCCUUCAUCUCUGACAACAGCACCCGCUCGAUGAUCACCUCCACCGGAGAGUCGAUUCAGCUGGAGUGCUACGCCUCCGGCUACCCGCAGCCCAGUAUCAGCUGGCGCCGCGAGAACAACGGCCUCCUGCCGACCGGCGGCUCCGUCUACAAGGGCAACGUCCUCAUCAUCCACAACAUCACCAAGGCCGACCGGGGCACCUACUUCUGCAUCGCCGACAACAACGUCAACCCGGGCGCCCGGCGGAACGUCCUCGUCGAGGUGGAGUUCCCGCCCAGCGUGCACAUGGAGCGGAGCCGCUACGAGCAGGCACUUCGCUACGACGCCGACCUGCACUGCAGCGUGGAGGCCUACCCCGCGCCGACCAUUCGCUGGCUGCUGAACGGCGUCGAGGUGCAGGACUCGGCCAACUACCAGAUUGCCGUCAUGCAGACCGCCCACGACUACGUCGACUCGGUGCUGCGCGUCAGGCGGGCCGAGCGGCGCCACUUUGGCGUCUACACCUGCAAGGCCACCAACAAGCUGGGCAGCAGUCAGAAGCUGGUCGAGCUGACCGAGUCCGCCAAUCCCGUCUGCCCGCCCGCCUGCGACGGCAGCGCCGGCAGCUCGGGCAGCUAUGCGGGCUUCGCCA